AUUCUCCAGUUGGUGGCGAUAGCGCUCUUCUUGGUGGCAACCCACCAUUUAACUAAAACAGAAGAAGGACCAGUCUUCUCGCGAGGUUUCACUUAAAAAUAACGCGGGACGGUGUUAGAAGAUCAUCCGUUGAAACAGACAGCAUUGGCAGUUAAUAAGCUUCCAUCAGCUCACCAGCUGAGUGUCGUUGCUCAGUUUCCAAAUGGAUCCUACGGAGGACUUGUCUGCUCGGGUCCUGCUGAAACAUAUUCUCAACACCGAGCCACCCAGGACACCAAUCACCCGCAGUGCCUCCAAAACACACAGUUCCAACGCGAGCAGGCGCAGCAGUAGACUGGGCAACAAAGAUGCUGGUGCCCAAACACCACAGGACAUCCUGAGACGCAGCCUGAAGCAUAAAAUACGUGAGAGUAUAACCAGGAAAUCCCUGCCAGCUACUAAAAGGAGGACUGCCUCAUUUGUCAAAAAGACAAACACGCCUGCCCCAACCUCUAUGUUGUUUGAUGAUGGGGAGACACCAAGGCACAUACUCAUGAACAUCCUGCGGACAGAGCCUGUAAGGUCCCCUGUGGUUCAUAGUAAAGCUGAUUCAGAAGAGCCACAGCCAUCUUCAGCUAACUCCAGCAUUACCAGCAAGCGUCAGAGCACUGAAUUGUCUGGGUUAGACUUGCCUGAUAUAACUAUUGGCACUGCUGUAAGUACUGCAAAGGGACUAAGCAGAAAGAGACCACGUCGGAGCCUUAAUGUAACAGCUUUUGAAAAUCGUCUUAAAGAUGACGAUGAUGUUGAAGAGGAAAAUGAAGUAUCAAUAGGAAACCAUUCAUCAGUUCUCUCAUCAAGUUCCACUUCUCUGAGUCUAAAAACUCCCUUUGUGGAUCUCCGGACUGAGAAAAGGGGCCUGCAGAGGAGAGUUUCUAACCGUCGAAAAAUCACAGAAGAAGAAUUCGGCGCUGCAGUUAAUAAAAGGCAGAUGGGAGAAGCAACCAGCAUCGUGGAGCAGGGUCCCAGUGAAACGGCCUACUCUGAGGGCUUCACUCUGGGCCUAAGCAAACUUGGCGAACCUGAUGUCACAAGUGAUAUCAUCCUCUGCAACACAGCUCUGUAUGCCCAGUCUGAUGCCAUGACCUCCACCUUUUCAAUUGUUGCAACUCAGGACAAACCCACAGUGAUGGCGUCUCAGCUUCAGAGACAAAUGAUAGAGGCAGAGCAGGAGGAGCUGAUGGAAGCAGAAGAGAACAGCUCGGAGAAAGAGAGAUCACUGAAUCUGUUCCUUACUGAAGAAGGGACUGAUGCAGAAGCUCAAUGUGAAGAAGGUUUUUCUCCGUCUCAGUCUGAGGAUGUAAAUGUUGCUGAAUCAGAAAAGGAGGAAGGGAAGAGUACAGCUGGUGGUCAAACUGAAGAUGCCGUCGCCAUGUUGAUAUCUGAGGAAGAGCAAGAGGAAGGCAUAGCUGAAUUGCAGACUAGUGGAAGGGAUGAUACAUCCAAGUCUGAAGAGGAGAACAGAGUGCAAGCUCAAACAGAAGAGGAUGUUACAGCAGACUCGCAAAAUAAAGAAGAAGAUGGUGAAGAAGACGAGGAAGCAGUUGGAGUUGAGUCUCAGUCUGAAGAGGAUGUUACAGCCAGGUCUCAGUCUGAGGAAGAGGAGGUUGCACCAGACAGUCAAACUGAAAGAGAAGAGGGUGCAGUCGACUCUCAAGAUGAAGAAUUAGCUGUUAAUUCUCAUUCUGAGGAAGAGGAGGAUUUUGCAGAACAUCAAAGCAAUCAAGAGAAUCCCUCGGAGGGUUGUUUGGCUGAUUCUCAAGCUGAAGAUGAGCAUGAUGAGGAGGAAGAUGGAGAAAAGGCAUCAAAGCAUCUGGAACGUGAUUUGGAACAUAUCAGUCGCAGGGCACAUCGUUCUGAAGGUGGAAUCAUACCUGUUACAGAAGCACAUGGGGAUUGGGCAGACACCACAGAAGGAGGGUUGUCUGAUGGCAAGUUGAAGUCCAAAAGGAUUUCUGAAUUAGCUGAGACCUCAAUCCAAGGACAGAUAGCUGCUUCUCAUACAGAGGCUGAGCCCGAUACCGAUAAAGAGAACUCCUUUCGUCUAUCUAUUGAAGACAGUGAGCACCUGAGUAACGAUUCACCUGAGGAGGAUGCUGCUCAGGACCCUGCUGAAGAGGAGGAAGGGUGUGAGGAUGAAGAAGAUGAUGAAGACAGUGAAGAUGUCCCCAGCAAGACUCCAGCAUUUGUCAGAGAGAAAAGGACAUUUUUUCAACCUGAUCCUCUGGCCUCACCUUCUGUUCUUAAGAACGUUCAAGCCAGUAGCACAAGUGAAAGUUUGCCUGCACCUAAACCUAAGCCGAUGAGAAAGAGGACAAAGCCAGCUCAAAGGGAGGGUGGCCUUCCUAAGACCUACCUUAUGAAGAUGUUCAAGCACUUUGCCAAAACAAAGGUCUCUGCAGAUGUGUACCCUGUCCUAAAAGAAACAAUGGAUAAAUUCUUUGAGCGACUGGCAGAGGAUUUGGAGACGUAUGCUGUUCAUGCAAAGAGAAAAACCAUAGAGUUUGAAGACGCCGAACUUCUGUUGAAAAGGCAGGGUUAUGUGAAUGACAAGGUGCCCGUUGAAGUGCUUAUUGAAAAAUAUCUUCGCAUGGACCAGCGUAAGCUCCUGAUCCCCAUUGCAACCAGCGGAAAUGUUGUUGUCCCCAAGAAGCGGAGAUGAGUGUCUUAUUUACAGCUGCGUUUUUUUUUUAUCUGGCUUCAUCUCUUGGACUGCUACACAUUUAAUUGUGUUUGAUCUGGACAAGUUAUGUCUCCAUAUAAUUUUCUUAAUCAAUCAGAUUAUAAAUCUGUGUAAAUGUAAAUAUCAAUGUAUGUAACAUGUAAGAUUACCUGAGUGUGUGUCAGCUUUCUUUUUUUUUUUUUAGCCUUUUAUGCAUUCUUUUCUGAUAAUUUUGAAACAAAGGAAUGUGUGUUCCUGUAGACUUGUAAAAAUAACAAAACCUGAAAUAAAGUUCUGUUUUGUUUUUCUGUCUGACCCAAGCAA